AUGAAUUCAAAAUACUUAAUAACAAGUAUAUAAAGGAGCAUUUGCUAUUUAUUCUAUUGUCUUUUAUAAUUGAUUAUAUCAACAAUGCUCUUGGCAUAUGUAAGAUGAGAAAUCAAUUUAUUACAUAUUAGGUCCUCCUUGAUGAUUAAAAGUAAUUCAUAUUUGAUAUAUCAAGAGUCUAUAGAAACCAAUAGUUCUCAUUUUAGAAGCCCUAUUGACAUUGACAAUUUGUACUGAUAUUGCUCUUAAAGUUAUAACAGAAGGAAUAGUAUUAUAUUUUAUUAUUUUAUAUUUUAACACUAAUUAAAGGCAUUCUUCACAGCUGCUUGGAAUAUUUUUGAUUUUUGUGCUUUUUUAUCGAUAAUUGCCUUUAUAAAAUUGCAAUAAGAAGUAUAUUAUGAUGAAAUAUUUGGAAUUUCACUUAUUUCAAUGCGUUAUUUAUCACUUACUGUUCGUUUAGUUGUUUUGCUAAAAUAGUAUUGUUUUUAAUAAAUCUAUAUUAGAUCUUAUUUUGUUUAAAUGAUGCAAUAAUAAAGAGAUAUCUUACUUUUCAAAAAAUCCAGAAAUCAAGAUCAUAGUAUGUUCUGA